AUGCGAGUCUCAUCUCUCCUUGCUGCCAUUAUCUUGCCAUUGGCUGCGGUCGCCGCACCUGCACCCGAGCUCGAAGCGCGCCAGGCUGUCGUCAAGCCAAGGCCCUGUGUCCGCCAACUCAACCCUCCCCCAACCGCUGAAGAGACCGCUGCUCGACAUGCCGCCUUCGCCCAGGCCUUCAUCUACAGGAGAAACAUUACCGCUGCCUUCGAGUUCAUUGUCCAGGACUACAUUAACCACAACCCCAUGGCACAGAACGGGUUUGACUUUGCAUGGAACAUCCUCAGCCCCUUCUGGAAUACCCAGAGCUUGACGCCCUUGAGGGACACGUACAGGCAUCCUCAGGGUUGGGUCAACUACCGCUCUGGUUUCGGCGAAGUCGUUGACAGGUUCAGGUGGGAGGGCGGAUGCAUCGUCGAGCAUUGGGAUGCCGGCGAGAGGUACCCUCAGUAA